AUGUGGACCACUCCAAUCAUCUGCCUGUAUCUUUCCUUUAACUUUAUUUCUGGAGCUUCGAUCCUCAGAUCAGGUACCUGUCAACUCCAGGGACGCUUCAGGUUGAAUGGAAUGUACCAGGCUGGAGAUGUCAUACUCGGAGGCCUGUUUGAGGUUCACUUCCUCACAGUGUUUCCAGAGCUGAGUUUCAGAACAGAGCCGGAGCCACCAUACUGUGAGCAAUUUGACAUGGCAAGUUUUCAGCAGGCACAAACCAUGGUUUUUGCUAUAGAUGAGAUUAAUAAGAAUCCAAACCUGCUACCUAACAUCACUCUUGGUUACCAUCUUUAUGACAACUGUGUGAUGCUAGGAAUGGCAUUCCGGGCUGCCUUAUCUCUGGUUGGUGGAACAGAGGAGUCCUUCUCUAACCUCAGUUGCACUGGCCCUCCUCCAGUGAUUGGGAUUGUGGGGGACUCAAAUUCGACACCUUCUAUUGCGAUUUCCAGUGUUCUGGGGCUAUUUCGAGUACCUAUAGUUAGCUACUUUGCCACCUGUUCCUGUCUGAGUAACAGAAAAAAAUACCCCUCUUUCUUCAGAACUAUCCCCAGUGAUGCUUUCCAAGUGAGGGCAAUGAUUAAGAUUUUAAGACAUUUUGGAUGGACCUGGGUUGGUCUUGUCUACAGUGAUGAUGACUAUGGCAACCAUGCUGCUUACUCCUUCCUCCAGGAUGUGCAGGUGUUUGGAGGGUGUGUUGCCUUUUCUGAAAUCUUGCCUCUAGAUAACAACCGCAGAGAUAUUCAGCGUACAGUGGAAGUGAUACAAGCCUCUACAGCAAGAGUGGUAGUGGUGUUCUCCACUUCAACAUAUGUGUUGCCUUUGAUGGAUGAAGUAGUGUUGCAGAAUGUAACAGACAGACAGUGGAUUGCAAGUGAAGCCUGGGCUACUUCACCAGUAUUUCACACUCAGCGUCUUUUGCCCUUCCUGGGGGGCACACUGGGCAUUGCCAUUAGGCGUGGAGAGAUCCAAGGGCUUCAUGAAUUUCUGCUACACCUCCGUCCUAGCAAUGAUCAAAGAAACAAUAUGGUGAGAAUCUUCUGGGAGAACAUGUUUAACUGCAGGUUCAACAUUGGAGGAAGAGGGGAAAAAAUCUGUUCAGGGCAAGAGGAUCUGAGCAGCACAGACACAUCAUACACUGAUGUGUCAGAGCUAAGGGCCUCAUAUAAUGUGUAUAAAACAGUUUAUGCCCUGGCACAUGCACUUCAUGACCUGAUGCAGUGUGAGGAGGGGAGAGGACCAUUCAGUGGGAACAGCUGUGCAGAUAUAACCAACCUACAGCCCUGGCAACUGGUUCACUACCUACAGAAAGUGAACUUCACCACAGGCUUUGGGGAUCAUGUGUCAUUUGAUGAGAAUGGAGAUGCUCUGGCCAUCUAUGAUGUGAUGAACUGGCAGCCGAGUUCUGAUGGGUCGAUCAUUGUCCGAACAGUUGGUGUGGUAAAUGAAGGGGCGGCAACAGAAAAGGUGCUUACACUGGAUGAGGAUGCAUUAUACUGGAACUUUGAGACAAAAAAACCCCCACGGUCUGUGUGCAGUGAGAGCUGCCCCCCAGGAACCAGACGUGCCAGGAGGAAGGGCCUUCCUGUCUGUUGCUUUGAUUGCCUGCCAUGUGCAGAUGGAGAAAUUUCUAAUACAACCGAUGCUAAUGAGUGUACAAUAUGUCCAGACGAUUUCUGGUCCAAUCCAGAUAAGGAUCGAUGUGUUCCUAAAGAAGAAGAGUUUCUAUCCUAUGAGGAUCCUCUGGGCAUCUCUCUGACCUCUGCUUCCCUGCUUGGCACCUGCAUCUGUGCUCUUGUGAUGAUCAUCUUUGCUCAUCACCGUAACACUCCCAUAGUACGCGCCAACAAUUCGGAGCUUAGCUUCCUAUUGCUGUUGUCACUCAAACUGUGUUUUUUGUGUGUGCUGCUGUUCAUUGGCCGGCCGCAACUGUGGACAUGUCAGUUAAGACAUGCUGUGUUUGGUAUAAGCUUUGUCCUGUGCGUUUCCAGCAUCCUGGUCAAGACUAUGGUGGUAAUAGCUGUGUUCAAGUCAUCUCGACCAGAGGGUAAAGGUGCAAUGAAAUGGUUUGGGACAGCCCAGCAAAGAGGCACAGUUUUGGUCCUAACAGCCCUCCAGGUGGCAAUAUGCAUAGUAUGGCUAUCCAAUGCUUCUCCAACACCCCAUAAAAAUAACCAGUAUGCCAGCUCCAAAAUAGUCUAUGAAUGUGCUGUUGGCUCAGUGGCUGGAUUCGCAGUGCUUCUGGGCUAUAUUGGCUUUCUGGCAGCAGUAAGUUUUCUGUUAGCUUUCUUGGCAAGGAAUCUUCCAGAUCAUUUUAACGAAGCAAAGUUCAUUACCUUUAGCAUGUUGAUCUUCUGCGCUGUGUGGAUUGCAUUUGUUCCAGCAUAUGUAAGCUCACCAGGGAAGUAUGCAGUAGCUGUGGAGAUAUUUGCCAUCCUAGCUUCCAGCUUUGGACUACUGGUAGCCAUAUUUGCCCCAAAGUGCUAUAUAAUCCUUUUACAUCCAGAGAAAAACACUAAAAAAGCCAUCAUGGGAAGAGAAACACAAAAGAAAUAGUUUUCCUAG